AUUUAUUUAUGGCUUUGCUCAAUUUGUUUGAUGUUGGUUGUGGUUGUGGUUGGGCUGUCUAUGAUUAUGGAUGAUGUCUGUCUGGAUUUGUUCAUCGUUAAAAUGGCGCGUCAAUUAAAUAUAAUCCAUCACCUAACACAUGGAUCAACUCACGUGUGGUUGUUUUGAUUUAGUCAUUAGUCUUGAGUUUGAAUCUUGAAUAUGUAACUAUAUUCAAUAUUUGAAAGAAAAGAUUUUACUGGUGAUCUAGUCUUUAUUUGGCUAGAGUAUUAGAGUAGGAUUGUUUCUCGUCCAGGAUACAUGUGGUUCUAAACUAACAAAAUUAAAUGCAUUGCAUUUAGCUUGGGUUUUAAUUAUAAUUUGAGUCUAAUGGUGGUUGUUUGAUGCCAAUUUUGUAGCCUUCUAGCCUUAGCUCACCAUCUAACUUGGUGAUGCAAUUUUGGGCUUAGAGUUGGGUGGCUGUGAUUUGAUUGAUGACUUUCCCUGUCUUGUCAUGAAUGUUGUGGAUUUGUAAGAGCAACUGUGGUGGAGAUGGCAUCAGGUGGAAAGGAAACUUCAUUUGUCAAAGCAAGGAGAAUGAAAGGGUUCAUUUCCCUUCUUACAUCUGCAGCUUGUGAGUGGCUUUUGAUAUUUCUGCUGCUACUCAAUGCCUUGCUAUCAUAUAUGCUCACCAAGUUUGCGAGUUAUUGCCAACUGCAAAUGCCUUGCUUGUUGUGUUCUAGGCUUGAUCAAAUCUUAUGCCGUGAAAGGCCGGAGUUCUAUGUGAACCUGUUUUGCAGCAGUCACAAAUCAGAAAUAUCAUCUCUGAUUUUGUGUCAUAUUCAUGGUAAGCUGGCAGAUGGGCAUAGGAUGUGUGAUGAUUGUCUUUUGUCCGUCACUGCAAAGACCAAGUGCAAUGCAAAAACGCACAAAUUGUUGGUGGGUAAAUUUGGGCUGGUUCUUGGUGGUUCUGGUUUCAAAAGUCCAUCACUAAGUAGAGAUUUGUUUGCUGGCUCUAAGGGUGCAAGACUAUGUACAAGACAAUGUACUUGUUGUGGUAAGCUUUGGAAGUCAGAUCAGAACUCCCCAAGAUCUAUCCAACUAAAAUCACCUGGGAGAGCUUUUCUUAAGCCAAAUAUUCCUUUUCCAUGUGCACCGAGGCAAAGCCGUUUAAAUCACCGGGAUAACUUGAAGAAAAUGAGGGAUAAAUUUCCUGGAUCAGAGGGAAAAAGCAGUUUUCAGCCACUAUCUCAUAUUGGGUACACUGAGCUGAGACUUAAUUCUGAUUCUGAGUCCGAAUUUCUAUUUUCUGAUGAUGAUGAUGUUAGUAGUGUGUUUCAUGAGAACAUUGAAGCCAGCAAUGACCCUAAAGCUCAAGUUACAUCUGCACCUUCCUCAAACUGUAUUCCGAGUGCUUUGAAUCCGGAAAAUCUGAAUGAUAGUUCUGCCAAAUCCAUGCCUUUGCCUUCAGAUCAAUGUGUGGAGCCUAAUGUCAGCGAACAUCAAGAUGUGAAUGCCAAUUCUGCAGAAGAAAUUAAUUUGCAGCAAGAAAAGCAAGAGACAUUCAGUUCUGACCUGGCUGAGCUCAUUUCAAUAAACGAGGUUUCACCAUCACCUAUUGUUAUGAAUGUUCCUGAUAGAGAAUCAGAAGAUAGUAAGAUUACUUCUCCUUCUCAGGAUUCUCGUCCUACUCCUCUAUCUGAGCUUAUGACUUUGAACGACACACAUGCACAUGCUGAAGCAUCAUCAGAAAAAUCUGCAGAUGUUGCACAAGCAAGUGAUACUGGAAUGGUAUCUGAAAAGAAAGGGGAAGUUUUAGAGAAGAUUGGUACAGAGGAAAAAGCAUCAACUGAGACUCAUCUGGAGGUAUGUAAUUCUGCUCCUAUAAAUCCUAAGGAAGUUGAUAAUGUCAAGGAAGAACUGGAGCAAUCACCAUCAGACAAAUCUUCUCCUAAUGGGUCUAAUAUAUCAUCAUAUGUUCCCAUAAAUCAUAUUCACUCGCCACCUGGGACAGAUGCUGAGGCUUCUAGUUCUAACGGAGUUCAGGUACUUCAAAAGUCAUCCUCAGUGGAAUCUGGUAUUGAUUCUCUGGAUGAAAGCAAUAUUGAUGAAAUUGAAGGAGAUUCUAAUGAUGAUAGACUGAGGAGACAAAUUGAGUAUUACAAGAAAUGCAUGGAUUCUUUACAGAAGGAACUGGAGGCAGAAAGAAACGCUUCUGCUGUUGCUACAAAUGAAGCAAUGUCUAUGAUUACAAGGUUACAGGAGGAGAAGGCAGCACUGCAGAUGGAGGCUCUUCAAUAUUUAAGAAUGAUGGAGGAGCAAGCAGAAUAUGAUAAUGAUGAAUUGGAGAAAGUUAAUGAUCUACUCACAGAAAAGGAAAAAGAGAUACAAGAUUUGGAAGCCGAGCUGGAAUAUUAUAGAUCAAACUUGGGGGAUGAUGAACCUAUGGUCCAUAAUAUGCAUAAGGAAAGUCGGGAUUUGAAAGGAGAAGAUGUCACAGUGCAAAACACUGGUGUGCAUAACAUCACAAAUACCGCAAGCAGUUCAAAGAAUGCUGAGGUAUCCAAAGUUGGUGAGGAAGAUGUGACCAGUGGAACCACAUUUUUGGAAUUUGAGGAGGAAAAGGAAUACAUUUCUCAAUGUUUGAAAAACUUGGAAGAGAAGGUUCAUCAAAUCUCUUUGCAUGCGCCUAAUGAUAGAUCUGAGAAACUUGAAGUCAGUGAAUUGAAUCAACAAGGAGCUUCUAAUGGUGAAGGGCAUCAAUUAGAUGGUCAUGAAGAUACUGGAUUGUCCACAGAGAAAAGCAUUAAUACAUUGAAUGGAAAUCAUAUUGAUAAAGAUGGAUCAGCUGCUGAAGAUGUUGAUGCUUGUUCUCUUAGUGCAGAAAACAAUCAUUCCAAAUCUCCUGAACUACAAAUCUGCACGCCUAGAAGAGAAGUUGAGUUGGUUGCUCUAGAAAAUGAAAUAUCAGACCUUAAUGAACGGUUGGAAGCACUUGAAUUUGAUCAUGAUCUUCUGGAGCACCUAACAAAUUCUCUUCAAAAUGGCAAUGAUGGAAAACAAUUUAUUCAAGACAUAGCUCAUCGAUUGCAUGAGCUUCGGAAAAUUGCAAUAAGAUGAAGAUGGUAAGCAUAUAAAUGGAAGUGUUUUUAGUUCUUCCUUUAUUUUUAGGCACAAAUAAACUUUCAUAUGGUAUAUUAUACUGCAUUGUGAACACUCGUAUCAAUAGAGACGAUAUGAAUCCACCCAGAAUCUUCUCAAUUUGCUUUGACAAUUAUAUACUUUUGCACUUUCAAAGCAGACAUGUAAGAAUGGUGGUCAUGAUUUUUGGCCAGGCUUGGGGUUGUUCAAUGAUUACGAAAGUUUAUGAACAAAUUUUACAAAUUUUUGGAGUCUCAUUUACAUGUUAAACUCUGCUUUCAAA